AUGGCAUAUACAACUACAAGUUCACAUCAACGAACAAUAUACUCAGAUGGCUCUCGAGAUAAUUUUCAACAUCAAAAACCAACAUAUUCACAACAACAACCAUCAUAUUCACAUGCACAAGAACGUCAUAUUUAUGAUGAACAACCAUAUUAUAUCAAUGAACAAACUAUUUCAGGACACAAUAUCGAUGGAGAUAAUCGACGAAGUGGACGGGUAACAUAUAAUAGUGGUGAUGGUGAUUUUAAUCGACCAACAAAUACAAGAAUUACUAAUGGUUAUACAUCGCAUCAACAUGAUUCAUAUAGUGGUGGUGCUGAUCGAGAAAAACUUCAUUGCUAUAAUUGUGAUCGAAACUUAUCUGGUUCACGAUAUAUACUUAAAGAUGAACGUCCUUAUUGUAUUAAAUGUUAUGAAGAUCGUUUUUCUAAUACAUGUGAUGAAUGUCGAAGAAAAAUUGGUACCGAUUCAAAAGAUCUUUCAUAUAAAGAUCGUCAUUGGCAUGAAAAAUGUUUUUUUUGUUCAAUGUGUAGAACACCGCUCGUUGAUAAACCAUUUGCUUGUGUAAAUGAAAAACUUUAUUGUGGAGAAUGUUAUAAUCAACAAUUUGCUACACGUUGUGAUAAAUGUCAUCAAAUAUUUAGACCAGGCUCUAAAAAACUUGAAUAUCAUGGACAACAAUUUCAUGAACAUUGCUUUACUUGUUAUUCAUGUUCACAACCUAUCGGUACAAAAAGUUUUAUUCCAAGAGAUCAAAAAAGUUAUUGUAUUCCAUGUUAUGAACAACACUUUGCAACCAAAUGUGAUAAACCAAGGCAUCGUGAAUGUUUUACAUGUACGAAUUGUAAAAAUUCUUUAGCUUCACAACGAUUUACAUCACGUGAUGAUCAUCCUUAUUGUGUCGAUUGUUUUGGUCGACUUUUUGCUAAAAAAUGUUUUGCAUGUACUAAACCAAUAACUGGUGUUGGUGGUACACGUUAUAUCUCGUUUGAAGAUCGUCAUUGGCAUAAUGAUUGCUUUGUAUGUCAACGUUGUCGAACUUCACUUGUUGGUCGUGGUUUUCUUACUGAAGGACCUAAUAUUCUUUGUCCUGAUUGCGGUAAACGAGAACAUUAUUAUGAAAGAGAAAGAGAAAAUAAUGAGUAUACACCUGCACUUCGUACUGUUAUUAGUUAUCACCAUAGAACAAAUUAA